AUGGCUACAGCUGGUUAUACUCGUCCACAAAAUCAUUCAACAAUUACAGACGAUGAUGAUGCAGCACUUGAUAUUCGAACAGAUUCAAAUAAUACACGUGCAACAGACAAUAAAUCUGUAACAACACUUCAUAAUCAAGUUCAAGAAGUUGUUGGUGUUAUGAAACAAAAUAUCGAUAAACUAUUAGAUCGUGAUGUUGCAUUAAAUAAUCUUGUAACACGUUCUGAUGAUCUUCAAUCAUCGGCUACAACUUAUAAUAGAACAGCAAAUCAAUUACACAAAAAAUAUUGGUGUAAAAAUGCUAAAACAAAUAUAUGCAUUGCUGGUAUUAUUAUCACAGUUAUAUUCAUUGUUAUAUUAUCAAUUGCAUUAAGUCGUCGUGGAAAAAACUAA